AUGUAAGAAAUAGAGGCAAAAAAAUAAUUAAAAGCAAGUGAAGGUGCACAUUUUUUUUACACUUUAAUAUUCCUAUCAGCAUCAGGAAUUAUUGAGACCCAAUUUAUUGAAGAAAAAUGCAAUUAAAAUCUUCAGUUAUUUGUACAUCUAGUUUUCUAUGGAUUAAUCAUUUGGGGAACUUACAUACUUAUUACUUUAAUCCCAAGAUAUAAAAAUGCUGCUAUUAAUCUAUUUUUUAACUUCUUGGAUAUAUGUUUUGGAAUCUAUAUUCUCUUGCUUUUGUUUUAUGGGGGAAGGAUGUAUUAAUCUCCUAAUGAUUGCCCAACAGAGGCCCCAGUGUUAUUUUUCUUUUUAGAAACUUUUUUGCUGGUUAAUGGUAUAAUUUUUGCGAUUUUGUUCUUGGCUUUUGUUUCAUAUGUUCUCAAAAGAUUUUCUAAAUCUUAACAAGUAUAUGAUGAAAACAAAGAAGAAUUUUAUGACGCUUGA